AUGCGCAUCUUUGCAUUUGUUUCCGGCCUCUUUUCACUCGUGGCCUUGAUCGCGGCCCUGCUGUGUCUUCUGGCUGGCCAGAGACUGGGUUUCAUGGAGGAUGCCGACAUUCUCACCAUAACGGUUUCUGCUGCCGGCAAGGCUCAACUGCUCAAUGGCACAACUAGUGGUGAGACCAGCGUCGUCGGGUCUCAACUCGAAGGGCUGACGGCCCAGACUGGCGUCAACGACUGGUUUGCCUUGCACGUCAUGAACUACUGCAAAGGCUCCAACGCCAACUCGACUUCUGCGGCCAGCGAGUCGUGCUCAGACACGGUUCCCUUUUUUUCAUUUGAUACGAUUUCAAUCAUCGAUUCCGAGUUGCAGCAAGGUGUCAACCUUUCUACCCGCGGAGUAGACGUGGGCAUGAGUAUUUCCGCUUCGGGGUGGCCGUCGGAGAUUUCCGACAUCUCUGGCAAGGUGAUGACGGCGUACAAGGUCAUGUUCUUCAUGCUUUGUAUGGGAAUUGCUGCUUCCGGUGUCGAAGCGAUUGCCAGCUUGUUGGUCAUGGCAAUGGACGCUAGGCCUUAUGGUCAUGGGGCCCUGGUUUCCCUCAUCAACCUUGUAUUGAGUUUGAUUGCUUUUCUCGGACUUGGACUAGCCUCGGCUAUCAUCACGGGCACAAUGUUUACCUUUGUGAAUACCAUUAAUUCACAAGGUAGUGAUAUUGGUCUGAGUGCAACAAAAGGAAUGAAGUUCCUGUGCAUGACCUGGUUGGCGACCAUUUUGAUGUGUCUAGCAGCUCUCGCCUGGGUUCUUGACUUCUUUGCCGAACGAAGAAAUAAAAGAAGACUUGGAGAUUAUGCCGCCAGAACUACGGAGUUGGAAAGCUACAAAGAUCGAGAGAGGGCAUUAAAGAUGGAAGAGAGGCUCAUGAAAAAGAGGAUGGCCCUGGAUCGCAAGAUUUCCGAGGCCCAGCGUUACAAGAACCAUGAAGGAGAAAUGGGCGUAUCUUUGAAGCCUCUCCCAGUCGAGACCUCUAGCAGUGUUGCCGCUCGAGAAGUCGGCGACAAUGUACAUGCACCUACCUCUAAAAAGUCGCUCGAAGAUAUUGAUAGGCCUGAACCGUUGCAUAACCGGCCUCGAGUCGUGCAAGUAGAGUUCGUGUAG